AUGAGCGCAUUGUGCACUGCGAUACCAUCUUCUGCUACUGUGGAUCCAACUUGUACUGAGAUUAUUGUGGUGCGUCACGGCGAGACGGCGUGGAAUACUGAUGGAAGAAUUCAGGGGCAUAUAGAUGUGGAAUUGAAUGAAGCUGGGAGAGAGCAGGCAGCUGUGGUGGCGGAUAGACUGUCCAGGGAGUUUAAAGUCUCUGUUGUUUAUUCUUCUGACUUGAAGAGAGCUUCCGAGACAGCAGAGAAAAUCGCUGCUAGUUGUGGUGUUGUUGAGGUUAUUAAGGAUCCUGACUUACGGGAAAGACAUUUGGGGGAUCUUCAAGGCCUUAUCUUUCGUGAAGCUGCCAAAGUCAGUACUGUGGCUUACCAGGCCUUUUUAUCCCACAGAACCAGUCAAGAUAUUCCAGGUGGUGGAGAAAGUCUUGAUAAACUUUACCAGCGCUGCACAUCUUCAUUGCAGAAAAUUGCUGUGAAGCAUAGAGGAGAGCGAGUUGUUGUGGUCACUCAUGGGGGUGUCAUUAGAGCACUGUACCAACGAGUUUGCCCAAAUGGAAAGUCUGGAGGAAAGGUAUUGAACACAUCUAUCAACAUCUUUCACAUAUCUGAUGGGGAUCAUUGGACCAUAAAAACUUGGGGUGAUGCUAGUCAUCUCAAUGAAACUGGAUACCUGAAGUCUGGUUUUGGUGGGGACAAAGCAUCUGGUUAG